CAAGGGGCGUCACUCUGUCUUUCAUUCAUAAGGUGCAUACUUCCGGUUUGUUUGUCUUGCUUGAAUUCUACAAAGCAAGCGAAAUGUUUUAUCACGUGUCUCUCGAGCAUGACAUCUUGCUCCAUCCACGAUAUUUUGGGCCCAACCUUUUAAACAUCGUCAAACAGAAGCUGUUCACAGAGGUAGAGGGAACAUGCACAGGGAAGUAUGGCUUUGUGAUUGCGGUCACGACGAUUGACAACAUUGGAGCUGGCUUGAUCCAGCCCAGCCGAGGCUUUGUGGUCUACCCAGUCAAGUACAAGGCCAUCGUUUUCCGGCCAUUCAAGGGGGAGGUUCUGGACGCUGUGGUCACACAGGUCAACAAGGUUGGGUUGUUCACAGAGAUUGGACCUCUUUCAUGUUUCAUCUCACGCCACUCUAUUCCAGCUGAUAUGGAAUUUGACCCAAGCUCAAAUCCACCAUGCUACAAAACAAAGGAUGAGGACAUGGUGAUACAAGAAGAAGAUGAAAUUAGACUGAAGAUUGUUGGAACUCGAGUGGAUGCAAAAGAUAUUUUUGCAAUUGGUACUCUGAUGGAUGACUUUUUGGGUCUUUGACACUGUGUGCUGCAAUCUCAAGUUCAUGGUCAAGUGUGUACAUGUUUGGGCGUUGAAGAGUAAAGAUGUGUAUGAGUGCAGGUUAUAUUCACAAAUGUGUUAGAGGUUGGUGUGUGUAUGUCAUAUGUACUUGCAUGUACAAGGGAGAAGGGGACUUUUUGAUAUCGUUGAAAGAUAUUCUAAAUAGAUAAUUUUUAGGCUUCUUUGAUGCUUUAUGCUUUUAUUAUUGAAGCUCAUCAAAUUUGGCCCUCCCUUUUAAUAUAUUGGCAUGUCAUAGUACUCUCGAAAAGAAAAUUUUGUCUGUUAAGAAAUUUAACAGAUUGGUAACUUUGAAGGAGACGGGGGCAGAGAUGUUUUAAACUGAAAUAUAAUUUUCUACUGCUUGUGUCAAACUUCUAGAAUUAGAUACUUUUACUUCAUAUGAAAUAUCUGAAAUGGUCUGGAGGGUUUUUCUUAGCUCUACAGAUAGUAUUUACAACAUAAGAUCUGGCCUCCAGUUGUGUUGCAAGAGUAAGUAUGAUUGUUUCUGUUGUGAGGUAGUGUGUGAAAAUGUGUGAGAGGGGCAUGGCUUGGUGGAUGGAGAAUAAGUGGAUCAAUCUUUUGUUUUGAAGGCUCCAUUGUAAAUAUUUCAUUAAUCACGUUUGUUUCCAUAUGAAAACACUGCAAAUAAAAAUCAUUUUGUUCAUAUUGUA